GACUACCCUUGUGCGAAGUAUAAAAGCCGGGGGUUACAACCUGUUGGCAUCAGUUUACAGUUCCACUUUGAACUAUUAACAACUAAUCAAUAUGAUCUCUAAGGUUGCUUGCAUCCUCGCCCUAGCGUCGGUGGUGGCUGGCCACGGCCACGCCUUCUCCUCGCAGCACAUCUCCAAGCACGAUGGCCCCGCCGAGAAAGUGGCGGUGGGACACGGCCACGGCCACGAAGUGCACUAUGACUACUAUACUCAUCCCAAAUACGAGUUCGAAUACAAAGUAGAGGACCCUCACACCGGCGACCACAAGAGCCAACAGGAGCACCGCGACGGAGACGUCGUCAAGGGCUACUACGCCCUGCACGAGCCUGAUGGUUCUGUCAGGCACGUCGCCUACCACGCUGACAAGCACUCCGGAUUCCACGCCGAUGUGAAACACAGCACCCACCAUAUCGUGCCCAAUUUCCUGCUGUUGUUAGAAACAUUAGCACAACAAUACAACAAAAUGUUCUCUAAGGUCAUUUGCAUCGUUGCUUUCGCUUCCGUGGUGGCUGCGUACCACGGCCACGGGUUCUCUUCCCAGUACAUCUCGAGACACGAUGGCCAUGCGCACCCUGUGGCCGUUCACGGACACGGACACGGACAUGACCACGGACACGGCCACCACUACGACUACUAUGCUUACCCGAAAUACGAGUUCGAAUACAAAGUAGAAGACCCGCACACCGGCGACCACAAGACCCAGCACGAGUCCCGCGACGGAGACGUCGUGAAGGGCUUCUACUCCCUGCACGAGCCUGACGGUUCCGUCAGACACGUCCACUACCAUGGCGACAAGCACACUGGCUUCCAUGCCGACGUCAAGCACAGCACCCACCACAUCGUGCCCCACCACAAGCACCAUUAUUGAACACGAUAAUGUUACGUUUGGUUCCUACCUGUUACCUGUGAUUGUUACCUGUUACUUUUGAUAUGUUUUAUAUUCUGUAAAAAAAUGUGAUACAAUAAAUACCUUUAUGCUUUA